UUAUUUUGUCUUGUUGAUUCUUGUAACGUAUAACGUGUAGCUAUAACAAAGUUUACUUGAUAAAACUUGGUAAAAUAUUACAAUUGGUUAAGUUAUGACAUACUAGUGAUGUACACCUACUCGUUUGCUGUUGCCUCGAUAUUAUGCGAGUGCAAUAUUCUUCGUGCAGCACUGAGCACAAAUAUGACCGAUCUUAGUGCAGUAUUAAAUUAAUAUGGCACCUAAUAAAAACAACAUUGCAACUUGUCAGUGGAAUACAGAGAAAUUAGAUUUAUGUAGAUUUAAGAAAUUAGUAUUUUAUCCGUACCGAGUUCGUGCGUGUCAGAUCGACCAAAAUGUGCACAUCGUAGGAAACUGAAAUGGAAUCUGAUGCGAGUGAAGAAAGUGUCGACGCAGAUACACCCGAGAAAGCCACGAUGGAUGUCAAUAGCGAGUUAAUUAUUAGCGAUAAUAGCACUGUGGCGCCAGUGAUAAUAGAAGAACUGGACGAGGAUGCUAUCAGCAUGAUGGACGUUGAUAUGAGCGAAUUUGUCGAAGCCAAAGCGUUACCGAUACAAGAAGUAGAAGUAGAAAAUGUUAUUAUUCCAAAUUUCGCGCUCACGUCGUCGCAUAAUUUAAACAAGGAUGUUGUAAUGGAUACGGAUCUGGACCAGGAUAUGUUGCUCACUGCGGACGAAGAAGAUCGUCUGACGAAACAGUUCUUGAAUGGAGAGCUAACAUUUUGCGAAUAUUCGUCGAAAAUGGACCAGGAUGUAGAAAUGGAGAUGACAGAGAAUAAUACUGUCAGAAGAAACGCUGGGACUGAUCGGGUCACCGUGCAGAAACUUGCCGAGCCGAAGGCGAGCAAAGUGACUAGCGGUCAGCAGGUGCGACAAAGGAGGAAGAGACGUAUCUUGCCGCAGGUUUUACAAGGACUUAUGGGAGAGGCAAACGUGAGAUUCGCGAAAGGAGAGGUGGAGAUAGCCGAGCAGAUGUGUAUGGAGAUCAUCAGGCAAGUGCCGAGCGCCUCCGAGCCAUUCCAAACGCUAGCGAUGAUAUACGAGAACGAUCAGAAAAAGUCGUUGCAAUUCGCCCUGAUCGCUGCGUACCUCAACCCCAGAGACGCCGAACAGUGGGUAAGAUUGGCCAACUUGUCGCUGGAGAACGACGAUAUAAAGCAAGCCAUAACGUGCUACUCGAAAGCUAUCCAAGCGAGCCCGAAGUGCGUGGAGCUGUACGACAGGCGAGCCCAGCUCCAGGAAAGUAACGGGGACAGGAAAGGGCAGCUGCGCGGAUACCUGAAGCUGAUACAUCAGUUGGAUCCCGGAGACCAGCACAUAAUCAAAUACGCCAAGGAGUUGACCCAAGAGUACAUUAAAGAGAACAACAACGAACAGGCGUUGGAAGCGAUGGAGAUUCUCUUCGCCAAGUGUCCCGAUCUCAUCACUUUGGAAGAGGUCAACAUCAUAACCGAAUUGUUGAUAACGCUGAAGCAAUUCAAGAGAUGCCUGGAUCUACUGGUCAAGUACACGAGCAUUCGAAUACAAUACAAGGAGGGGGCGGACAGAGAAGUGGGGAACGACAGAAUGAGGAAACUCGAGAAGACGGAAGAGUCCGGCAAGUUGAAGGAGGAACUCCCGUGCCAAUCGGAUCAUCGGGACACCAAUGACAUCGAGUGGUGCGAUGUACCGGACGACGUGGCCGUCGAUCUGAGAGCGAAGACCCUCGUGAUUCUGAUAGAAUUGAAUCACGUCCGACUGGCCGACGAAUUCCUGUCGAGACUUUACAUGCGCGAGGACCCGGAGUGUUCCGGGGAUCUCUUCUUGGACGUGGCGGAGGCGCUGAUGAGCAAGAACGAGUUUCAACGCGCGUUGAAUCUACUGGAUCCCCUGGUGAAAAGCACGAGGUACAACCUGGCCGGGGUCUGGCUGAAGCACGCGGAAUGCUGGGCCGCCUGCAACGACCUGGACAAGGCGGUGACGUCGUACGAAGCUGUCCGGGAAUUGUCGCCGCAGCAUUUAGGCGCGAGGCUGGCUCUGGCCAAGCUCUACAUAGAAAAGAGACGGUAUGACGAGGCGAUACAGGUUCUCUACCAAGAUCCCGAGUACGAAAUAUUGGACCCCAACGCGGUGUACCAGAGGACGGUGUUGCUGUACAAAAUGGAGCGAUACGAGGAAUACUUGUCAUCGGGUAUGUUGCUUCUGUCGAGGCACUGCGUGCGCAUAAGGAUCAAGGACGACCUGAACUCGUUGGCGCGGCCGACCGGCGUUCGUCAACGUCUCGAAAGUCUGCGGAAUAAUCGCCGGACCUUCGGGGAGAAUUUCGAGGACGAGAACGCCCCGGCCUUCAGCAACAGCGCCGAGCCGAGCAAGGAGGAUGAAUUCCAGCUCUUCCUGCAGAUGUGCGAGCAAGCGUACAAGCUGAAGAAACACGGCUUCCUUCAGAGGAUAUGCUUCACCGCUCUUACCUCGAAGAGAUUCAUCAAGUGCAACGACCACAUAACCUUCCUCUGCUUGAUCUCGUGCAUUCACAACAACGACUCGUUCUACGGCUACAAUAUCGUGCGGGAAUUCGUGCGCGAGUGCCCGAGCUCGAACUGGUGGAACCUGCUGAACAUCAUAAUCCAGAAGGCGGAGGAUCUCCGGCACAACAGGUUUAUAAUGCGGCUGCUCGGAAGGGAGGACGUCUUCACGUAUCUGCAUAUCAUGCACGCGAACAAUUGCCUCGUCUCGGGAACGUACAAGUACGCCUUGAACUCGUACAUUUCCCUGUUCAAGGUAGCGCCCAGCGCGUUGCUGGCGCUCCUGAUUGGUGUAACGCAGUUGCAGAUGGCCUGCCAGAAGUCACCGGCGAAGAAGAAUCAGCUCUUGAUUCAAGCUUUGGCUUUCUUCAAGAAAUACAUGCAGCUACGCGGCGACGAAGGUAAACAAGAAGCGUAUUACAACACGGCGAGGGCGUUUCAUCAGAUCGGUCUGCUGUCGACCGCGAUUCAUUUCUACAAGUUGAUUCUGGAAGAGGACCCGGGAGACUUGGUCAAGCAGAAUGCGAAUCUUUUGGAUCUGAGGAAAGAAGCGGCUUUCAAUUUACAUCUCAUAUAUCUGCAGUCCGAGAAUCAACUCCUCGCUAGAAUGUAUCUCGAGAAUUACAUCACGAUUUGAGCGAGAAAUAUUGCAAGAGAAUACCUGACUAGAAAUACGAUAUAGGAUUAUUACUUAUAUAAUAAGAAUAAUAAUAAAGUAUAAUAAUAAUUAUUCUUAUAUAGUAAUAAUGUAUAUGUGUAUAUAUACUUAAUGAUAUUAUUAGUUUUACAAAGACACGAAGAGCUUGUGUCUUUCAAAUAAAUUAUAAAGUUGAAUAAAUGACUGAAUAAAGUAACGCUACACCAAAUAUGAGUAUCGAGACGUUUACAAAAUUUAACAUGUGGCAUAAGUGACUUAAGAGAGAAAUGAAUUUGGGAUAGUGUAUCUUCGACACUAUCGUGCUUACAUUUAUCUUUGUUAUCGCUACACGUGGUCGAGAUAUAUCGCAAGAACUUGCCUGUAA